AUGGCUGAUGAAAACAAUACAAGGAUCACAGAGUUUAUUUUCAUAGGCUUAAAGUACCAUCCUCGGAUGAAAGUCUUCCUUUUCCUGCUCUUUCUGCUUUUUUACCUCAUUACUAUGACAGGAAUUGGCAUGGUUAUUCUCAUCCGGAUCGAUUCCCACCUUCACACACCCAUGUACUUCUUCCUCAGUCACCUGACUUUUGUGGACAUCUGCUUCUCCUCAGUUGUGAGCCCCAAGAUGCUCACUGACUUCUAUGUGAGGAGGAAAGCCAUCUCUUUCUUGGGCUGCGCUUUGCAGCAGUGGUUCCUUGGGUUCUUUGCGGCCAUUGAGUGCCUUCUCCUGGCAUCCAUGGCCUAUGACCGCUACAUGGCCAUCUCUAAUCCAUUAUUGUAUUCAGUUGCCAUGUCCCAGAGACUCUGCAUCCAGCUGGUGGUUGGACCCUAUACCGUUGGGUUCCUGAACACCAUGACUCACACAACGGCUGCUUUUCGACUUCCCUUUUGUCACUCCAACAUUAUCAAUCAUUUCUUCUGUGACAUGAUCUCCCUUCUCUUUCUAGUAUGUGCUGACAUCUGGAUCAAUAAAUUGUUAGUUUUCAUUGUGGCUGGAGCUGUACUGGUUUACAGUAGCCUGACCAUUAUAAUCUCCUAUUUUUACGUCCUUACUGCCAUCCUGAGGAUCUGCUCUGCUGAUGGGAAGCGCAAAGCCUUUUCCACCUGCUCUUCCCAUCUCACAGCUGUUUCCAUCCUAUAUAGGACUCUCUUUUUUAUCUAUGUGAGGCCAGGUGCAAUUUUUUCUCUGGACCUCAAUAAAAUGGUGUUGGCGUUCUACACAGCGGUGAUCCCCAUGUUGAAUCCUCUCAUCCACAGCUUGAGAAAUAAAGAAGUGAAAGCUGCCAUGUGCAGGACAGUCACCAGGAGGAAGUUCUGCAUCAGAAGUCAAAUUCCCAUCUAA